AUGGCGUCCCUAGAAGUAGAAGCCAGAAUUCCCCAAUGUGCAGAUGGGGAGCCUGGGGAGGCCCUGAGAGGCACGGGGUCUGUCCAGGUUCACAGCUCUGGGCCCGCACAGGAACCAGGUCUGAACCCAGCUCUGUGCCAUCACAGCAGAGACACCAGCUGCGCCCAGGCCUCCCGGGAGCUGUGGGUGGGCUGUGAGGGUGUCACUGUGUGGAUGCGGCAUGGGGGGAGGACAGCCCCCUGCCCAGCUCAUUUCAUUGGAGAUCUUAAUGGCAAAAUGUUCACGUGUUGCCUGCCAAGGUCCCGAGGCUGCAGGUGGAAGAAGGCGCGCCUUGAGGAUGCUGUCCCCCGCUGGGGAUUUCAUGUCAGGACUCCCCACCGCCUCUGGCCAUUUGGUCGGAAGGACAGAAAGAAGGCCACGGAGGACACGGAGAGGCAGCUGGCGGACGUGCCCUCCUCCCUGACAGAGGGGGUGACCCCAAAGGCAUCCCAAGAAACAGGUGCUGGGGGUUGCGAGGCAAGACCUCCGACACCACGCGGACCACCGUCCCAGGUGGUCGUCCACUGGACAGUGGUCCAGGAGCCGGAGCCCAUGGAGGCCGAGGCCGAGGCUGCUCCACCACCUGAGGAGCUAGAGCCCGAUCUGGAGGGAGGGCUGGUGCCUGCAGUGACUUCAGGAGGAGACCAGGAGCCAGCAGGUGACCCGGCACCUGCCCACGGAGAGCCUGGCGCUGUCCAGGAAGAACUGGCACCUGCUCCUGCCCCAGCCCCUGCCCCUGCCCCUGCUACAGUUCCUGCCACUCCCCCUUCCCCCACCCCAGCCCCUGCCCCUGCCUCGGACCUAGAUCCUGACCUGGCUCCUGCCCCUUCCCUUACCCCUGCCUCUGCCCCUGCCCCAGCCCCUGCCCCUGCCUGUGCUCUUGUUCCUGCCCCUGCCCCUGUUCCUGCUCCUGCCCCUGCCAGAGCCACUGUCCCUGACCCAGAUCCUACCCUUGCUCCUGCCCCUGUCUGUACUCCUGCCAGAGCCACUGCCCCUGCCCCUGCCCCUGCCAGUGGUCCUGUUCCUCCCCCUGACCCAGAUCCUGUCCCUGCUCCUGCCCUGGAUCCUGCACCUGCCACUACUGCUGACCCUGUCCCUCCCCUUGCCCCUGCCCCUGUCCCUGCCCCUAUCCUGAGCCCUGCCCCUACUCCUGCUCCUGCAGGGCUCCCACAGCCACAUCCAGAGCCCACAGCCCUGCAGGGAGAGCUCCUUGUACAAUCACCCUUAGUUCCAUCCCCGGAACCCGAGACCCCGCCCGAUUGUUUCAUCCCCUCCCCCUGUGUUCUUUCUCUCUGGUACAUAUUAACUGUUAUUUUAUCCUUCCAUGUCCUAUAUACUUCUGUGAGGCCGGACUGUACCCAUGUCACGGGCAUGGAAGCGAGAGUCCAGAAGGUCCAGACGACCUGCUCCCAGUCCCAGCGUGUGGAGCAUGGGUCAAGGAUGGUCCGCGAGCAGAGGAAGACUUGGGCCCAGGGAGACUGA